UUGUUAUAUAGUUCCAAAAUAGAAUCGAAUAAUUAAACAUGCGGCGUUAGACGGGCACCCCUUCAAAUGUGCGCCGGAAUGGUUCAGUCCACAGUGGCGCGAAACGCCGAGCUCUCCACAGAGGAGUUUCACGUUACUGGCGCGAGGUUGUUGUGUCUGCCGGCAACGUGCCUCCACUCCUGCCAUCAGAAGAGCGGCUGUAUCAUUGUAUAUAUUUUUGUGAAGACAUAGUCUCAGUUCGCGUGCUGUUUGCGUUCCGUUCCGCUCUUACCAAACGCUCGCGUGUCCGUUGCUUAAGGCUUUGUUGCGCGUUAACUAGUUAGGCCGCCGGUUAGACAUAUUUGCCUUGCAUAUAUCAAGCUACGCUGCAGACGUUUGGUAAGGUUUGAGAGAAGUGUUUAUUUCUACAGACGGUUUAUCCAGAACGCAGCAGAAAUGAGCGGCGUCGUCAAAGAAGAGGCACGCAGUGUUUCUCCUCACUGCCCCAAACCCAACGAAUCCGAGGAGCCAGAAGGAACCGCUAUGGAGGAUGCCGCCGCUGUCGAAAAAAGCCAGCAAGGAGAGGUUGUCAUUACAAAAGAGAUGGAGGAGGAGGAGAAGCAUUUAGUGGAGGAGGGAGAGAAGAAAGAAAAAGAAAUGAUGGAAGAGGCCCGGCUGUCAUGGGAGAAAGAUUCUCAAGAGAUGCGUUUCAAACGACUUCAGCAUCUUUUGGAGAAAAGCAACAUUUACUCCAAGUUUCUGCUCACAAAGAUGGAACAGCAGCAGCAAGAUGAAAAAAAUAAAAAGGAGAGACAGGAGAAGAAAGCAGCUAGUAAGAAGCAAAAGGGAAAUGAUAAAAUGACCGUCAAAGUUGAAAGAAAGAAGCGUGAAAGGGAAGAGGAUUACAAAAUUGCAGAUGUUAUGACCAGAGAGGAAAUUCUGUCGAAAGCUAAAAGACCUAAAUUGGAAGAGGGGGCUCAUUCGUCAGAGAAACUGGAAGCUGAGGAUAUAGAGAAGAUGAGCGACACCAACUCCGACAUUAAAAGUCGGCUCUCUGAGAAUUUGCGGGAAAACAGCAAGCAGAUGGUGGAUCCGAAGAGGACGGUGAAUGGCCAGCCGGUGCCUGCAGCGCAGCCCAAGCUCUUCACCGGGGGAGUGAUGAGGUGGUACCAGGUGGAAGGCAUCGAGUGGCUCAGGAUGCUGUGGGAGAAUGGUAUCAAUGGUAUCCUGGCUGAUGAGAUGGGUCUUGGGAAAACCAUUCAGUGCAUCGCUCAUAUUGCGAUGAUGGUGGAGAAGAAGGUCCUCGGGCCCUUCCUAGUUGUGGCUCCUUUGUCCACUCUUCCCAACUGGAUCUCAGAAUUCAAGCGCUUCACCCCACAGCUGUCUGUCUUGCUGUAUCAUGGCCCGCAAAAAGAGAGGUGGGACCUGGUGAAGACGAUACAUCAGGCGCAGGGUUCUCUCAGAAUGUGUCCUGUGGUUGUUACUUCCUUUGAAAUAGCCAUGAUAGACAGGAAGCUUCUACAGCGUUUCCACUGGAACUAUAUGAUUGUGGAUGAGGGUCACCGGAUUAAAAACUUGAAUUGCCGGCUGGUGCAAGAACUAAAGAUGCUGAUGACUGACAACAAACUGCUGCUGACGGGAACCCCCCUGCAGAAUAACCUGUCCGAGCUGUGGUCUCUACUCAACUUCCUCCUCCCUGAUGUGUUUGAUGACCUGAAGAGUUUUGAGUCAUGGUUUGACAUCAGCACCAUCACUUCAGAUGCAGAAAACAUUGUGGCUAAUGAGCGUGAGCAGAAUAUCCUUCACAUGCUUCAUCAGAUCCUCACACCCUUUCUUCUGAGAAGGCUGAAGUCCGACGUCACGCUGGAGGUUCCACCUAAGAAAGAGAUCGUAGUGUACGCGCCCCUCACCAACAAACAGGAGGCCUUUUACAUGGCCAUAGUUAACAGGACUAUAGCAAAGCUGCUGGGACAGGAGAAGGAUGUUUCUGCUCCUGUGCCGCUAACGUCCAGCGGCCGACCAAUGCGCAGGGCCGGGAAGGUGGUCAACUACUUUGAGUCAAACACUGAUUCUUUGCAAGAUCUUGAGAAAUACCUAGAGAAGGUUCAGAACGAGGUGGAAAGUCAGCCAAGCUCCAGCCCAGUGUUGGAUGUCUUCAUGCCGGUUAAUGCUCAAAUCAACUUGAAACUGCAAAACAUACUGAUGCUGCUGAAGAGGUGCUGCAACCAUGCUUACUUGAUAGAGUAUCCCUUGGACCCUGCCACUGGAGAAUUUAAGAUUGAUGAGGACUUAGUGGAAGCAUCAGGGAAGCUUCUUAUCCUGGACCGAAUGCUUCCUGAACUGAAGAAAAGAGGGCACAAGGUGCUGAUCUUCAGCCAGAUGACCUCUAUAUUAGACAUUCUGAUGGAUUAUUGUUAUCUCCGUGGUUAUGAGUACAGCCGGCUGGACGGGUCAAUGAAGUACACAGCCCGAGAUGAGAAUAUGAAGAAGUUUUCUUCUGAUCCAGAGGUGUUCCUCUUCCUCCUGAGCACUCGAGCUGGUGGUCUUGGGAUCAACCUCACAGCUGCCGACACAGUCAUCAUCUUUGACAGCGACUGGAAUCCCCAGGCAGAUUUGCAGGCUCAGGAUCGGUGUCACCGUAUUGGGCAAACGAAGCCUGUGAUGGUUUACCGCCUCAUUACGGCCAACACCAUUGAUGAGAAGAUCCUGGAGAGAGCCUCUGCCAAGAGAAAGCUGGAGAAGAUGGUCAUUCACAAAAAUAAGUUUAAAGGCUCUAAAGCAGAGCUCAAACAGACCAAGAGCUGCUUGGAUGUAAAUGAGCUUGCAGAACUGCUGAAGUCCAGAGACUACGACAGGGCAGUGAAGGGCACUAAAGGAAAGGUCAUCAGUGAUAAAGAUCUACAGAUCCUGCUGGACCGCAGUGAUUUAUUGAAUCAAGCCAAGAAGCGUGUUAAACGGGAGAAGGACGGGGUGUUUAAAGUUAUUGACACCAAAGAUGAUAGUGGUGACAUCAGUCUGUCUUGAAAUCUGCCAUUAGGCCAAAGUUGAGCUAUGAUUGUGACACCCAUCAAGCAAAGCUGCCUGCUUGUUCUCCUCAACUUUUUCCAUUUUAGACUUAAGUUGACCAUCGUUGCUUUUAAUAAGUCCAUCCUUUGGUUAUGAUUGUUAGCACAUUUAACAUGUUUCUUUUUCCCAAUGCCAUGUCAAGUUUUGUUUUGGGAUUAGCACGAAAAAAAGGAAUCCUACAUUUUGGCUAUGUUGUAAAUAGUGUUAUACAUUUCAUAUGUAGUUAACUGAAUAGAAAUUGCACAUGUAAACCGCUUUAACGCACUUUCACCCUCUAGAAUACUAUAGAACAAACCUUUUUUUGGUUUUUUCAAGAUAAUAAAUAUUUUCUAUACUAUGCGUGACAUUUAUUUAAAGUUGGGCUAUAGUCUUGCUUUUCAAACAACUGCAAAAGUGUUCCAUUACUACAGGAGAAAGUGUGCAUGUGCACA